AUGAACCGUGCUUCUGAUGAGUUCCUCAUCACCUUCUUCGAAGACACGAGCCGAGCUGGGACGACAACAAUGUAUGACGGACAGCAACAAGGGCUGUCAGCAGGAACAGAUACAGGUACAGGAACGCGGGAACUCAUAAUCCUGUGCGGGCCGUUUGGCGUCCAUCGAUCUGAGGAUCGGCAGCUUUGA